CAAAAAUUCAAAACUCUGAAAUAAAUGACGGUUUGUUUAUAACCAAUAAAUCAAAUCUUGAAUGUUUUCUAAAUUAUUUGUUAUUUGGUUUGUUAUCUUCUUGGCAACGUGCGAGCCGGAUAAACGCGUGAUAACCACGUUGAAGUAUUCCAAAUAUUACGUGAAGCCGACGGUCGUGAACGGGGAACCGGCGGCGACGGGCCAAGUGCCUUAUCUAGUCUCGAUAAAGGAGCCCAUACUAAGGAUCGGUGAUCAAAGGAUUGUGUGGAAAAAUCUAUGCGGUGGGAGCAUCAUAGCUCAGAAUAAGGUGCUCACAGCAGCGCACUGCUUCGAAAGCCAAGACUUCUACUACAAGAAAAACCCAUCCAUCCUUCGCAUAGUGGCCGGCAACCUGCGCACCGACAUCACUCACUCAGGCGACACGGAAACCAACAUCAUCAACCAGUGGAGAAAAAUCAACAGAGUCAUCCUACACAACAACUUCAAUUUCCCCCUAAACGAUAUAGCGCUUGUAUUUCUAAACGCCCCUUUAAAAUUUACUAACAACGUCGACUUCGUAAUUACCGCUUCUAAAAAUACUGACUAUACACAUACAUGUAUGACGGCUGGUUUUGGGAGAAUUGGCCAUAAUUCGAAGAGCAGAAUUUCGCCUAUUUUACUUAUAGCAAGGAUCAACACUUUGUCAAAAUGGAAGUGCUCAAUGAUCUGGGAAAUGAAUAUGAAUUCGUUUAUUUGUUCAGACUCCUCAAUAUCAGAUGUUUCGAGAGGAGAUUCUGGCGGACCCUUAGUUUGCAAGGGCACUUUGGACCCCAAAGAAAAGCCUAACAGGGACUUGCUAGUCGGAGUUGUAAGCGGGAAGAAUUUUGAUAAAACAACGAUUUUUACAAGGGUGUCGGCAUAUAAGGAUUGGAUAGCUAGGAGUGGAGACAAAACUGUGUUGUUUGAAUGUAAUUUUUUGAUUACAUUAUUGCAAUACAGUACAAACUAG